CAUCACACGGAACCCAAGGCAAGCGCGCGGCCGUCAAUGGCACUGAGUAGUGCACGUAACCUGUCUUUAACAUGCAGCUGGGAACUCUAACACGGCUCGAAAUUCAACUCAGAUAACCAAAAGUCUGGUCGCACUCAUUUUGUUGUUGAGCCGAUGUGAAACAGCAUGUUAAAUAUGUUCGUUCCAGCUCGUAUUCCCAGACGAGAGCCGUUGAGGGCAGACCUGACCGUGUGAAUUGAACCGCAUUAGCUAGUCAGCUAGCUGGGUUUACCUUUAGCUGCGCUAGUCGAAACGAGCUAAUAUCACCAACGGUCCAAAUACUUAGAUGUUUAGAGAUAGGGUUCUCGUCAGAAAGUCACACUUGACGGCCGCCUGGACCGUGGCGUCUACUGGAAGGGGAAAUUCGACUUAAGAAAUACGGUGGCCUGAGCCAUGGGGGCGUUUUUAGAUAAGCCCAAAACAGAGAAAUACAAUGCGCACGGGAAUGGGAACGGCCUGCGUUUUGCCCUCAGCAGCAUGCAAGGAUGGAGAGUGGAGAUGGAGGAUGCACACACUGCAGCCGUAGGCCUCCCACAUGGCCUGGACGACUGGUCCUUCUUCGCUGUCUAUGAUGGGCAUGCCGGCUCGCGUGUCGCUAACUACUGUUCCAAACACCUGUUGGAACAUAUCGUCGCUGCGGGGUCAGCAGAUGAACUGCGGAAGGCUGGAGCUUCGGCACCCGAGACACCAGCCAUAGAAGCGGUGAAGAGAGGUAUCCGUGCCGGCUUCCUGAGGAUUGAUGAACACAUGCGCAGCUUCACAGACCUGCGAAAUGGCAUGGACCGCAGCGGUUCUACUGCUGUGGCUGUGCUGCUCUCCCCAGAACAUCUGUACUUCAUUAACUGUGGGGACUCACGUGCCCUUCUCUGCCGCAACGCGCACGUCUGCUUCUCCACGCUGGACCAUAAGCCCUGCGACCCACGGGAGAAGGAGCGUAUACAGAAUGCAGGUGGCUCUGUAAUGAUCCAGAGGGUUAACGGAUCGCUGGCUGUAUCCCGAGCACUGGGUGACUAUGACUACAAGUGUGUAGAGGGCAAGGGCCCCACAGAGCAGCUCGUGUCACCAGAGCCUGAAGUAUUCGAAAUCGCUCGGUCAGAUGCGGAGGAUGAAUUUGUGGUGCUGGCGUGUGAUGGUAUUUGGGAUGUGAUGAGCAAUGAGGAGCUGUGUGCCUUUGUGCGAUCGAGGCUGGAGGUGACAGAUGACCUAGAGAGAGAGUGCAAUGAGGUUGUAGAUACCUGUCUACAUAAGGGAAGUCGAGAUAAUAUGAGUAUUGUAUUAGUCUGUUUGCCACAUGCACCCCAGGAGUCAGAGGAGGCGGUAAAGAGAGAUGCGGAGUUGGACAAGUACCUUGAGUCACGUGUGGAAGAGCUCAUAUUGAAAGCAGGGGAAGACGGUGUGCCUGAGCUGGCGCAUGUCAUGAGCAGCCUGUCCCAAGAAAGCAUCCCCAGUCUCCCACCAGGGGGCGGCCUGGCCAGCAAACACAGUGUUAUUGAAGCAGUGUACAACCGUUUGAACCCCCAAAGAGAAGAGGAUGGUAGUGCUGCUGACCUGGAGGACCCGUGGUAGUCGUCCCACCGGAGGAAAGAGCACCUUUUCUACACAAGACAUUAGUCAUGUUUCUUUUGUUCCAGUGAAACCAAGAGAUUCAACGGACAUUCUUUCAAGAGUCACAACACAACGGAGAAACAGUACAACCAAAAGCAUUACAAACAUACUUUUUUCUAUUAUAUGAGGGAAAGAAUGGAGUUCCAGUUUUAAAAACAAACUUAAACACAACAAUAACAAAAUACAUCAUACAAUAAAAAAACUCUUUUUCUCACUUUUUUGUGGUGGCUGUGGGUGUUCUUUUUGAAACGGAGGAUGUUUUGGGAGAUGGACCCACGUACGUGCUGUGGUGCCUUUUCAAGUCAUCUGCGAAUUCAAGAGAGGUUUGUUAACGCCAGAUGCCCUGGGGCCAGGAUACAGUUGAGAAACUUGGCUACGUGAGACCACUGCAGCCCUUGGUAUGGGGUUAUGGAUCAUCACUGGCUUUAAUUGAGGAUAUAUUGACUGAUGAAUGCGUGUGGAUCAUGUUUUAAAGAAUUGCUCCAUUACUACAUAGCCUGCGUGGAAAGCUUGUCGGCCUUUUGCAUCUUUCCUUUCACAUGCACUGACUGACCUUUAGGUAGAACCUCGGACUCGACUCUGCUUCGUUUUGCAGGUUAUCACUUGAUUGGUUGUUAUAAGCUUUUUAAUCCUGCUGUUUCAGAGAAUAUAGAAUAUAUAGAGAGAAAUAUAUAUAAAUUCAUAUAUAUAUUUUUUAUUUUUCCCAAGUUUGACGUUCUUUGUGGCUUAACAUGUGAAGCAAUAGAGUUGUGUUGGUGGUGACCGAUGAGCGUGCCACAUUGUGUGAAUUACUUUAGACACACUGAGAUAUGUUGAUGUACUUGUGUAACCCAGACCCCCAAGAACUGUGGGUGAUGUUGGCUAAAAGGGAUUGUAAGUACCCACCAAAGCCACGCAGCUUCUCUCAGCUCCCCAUCUGUAUUAUAUCUCUGUCUUCUUCCGUAUCAGCCCUCACUUUCACAAUGCAGAUGUGAACUUACAGCAACCUGCCUUCUUUUUUUUCCCCUCAAGAGUAUAUUGUGAAGUGGUGUUUUUUGUUUUGGUUAGCCGAUCAUAAAAAUACUAGCUUUGUGAUGAAUUCACAGAAUAUUUUCUGGUUCAUCAUGCAAGUGUAAUGUUGGUUUUGCUAAUAUAUAUAUUUUCAGCAGUAAAUGGACUAUAGUACUCACUGGCCUCAGAACCUGAAAGGUGAUGUUAAGCAGAACAAUAAAGAUUCAGGAAAAGCA